UACGGAGUGCCGGCCGGACUGGGAUCCCGGCUCUUAUACUAUUUUGGAUCUCGUCAAGGCUGAUCCAGACUCUCUUGCACGUUCCACACGGCCUUUGUCUUGGAUGGAAACUUCGUCGAACACCCUUGGGCUCGACUUUGAGCAGCUCAAGGUCACGGAUGCUCCAGUAUCGUCUAGAGAUGAGAAGGAAAGCACAGUAGAUGCGACACCUGGUGGCGAGGCACAGCCGACUAUUGCUGAGCAAGAUAGUGGGGCGGCGGUGAGCAGCAAGACGGGCGAUGCGAAAGAGAAGAAGAAACCGUACGUCAACCCCGACCGCGUCAAGACAGGUGGCAACCAACGGGACAAGCUCAGUGAACAGGCACUCUCGGAGAGAAUGGCGCGUAUGAAGGAACAGAAUGAGAAGAUAAAGCAGCGUAGACUGGACGUCAAGGCCGACGAAGACGCGUUCAGAAAGACACAGGAAUCGGAGCGCAUCAAGCAAGCACAUGUCCGCAAGGUGCAGGAGAACAUUGACCGUACACGGGAACAGAAUGCAAAGAGAAAAAUGGACAAGAUACAGAGCCGUGAAUGGGACUCUGGCAAGACUGGCGAAUGGAAGAAGAAAUCCACGCCAGCUGACGGCGAGACAAACGAAGGCUCUAUGUCGUCGUCGCCCGUCAGUCCUUCUGGAGACGGCGGUCGUGGAGGUGGUCGAGGAAGAGGUCGGGGCAGGGGUCGAGGAAGGGGCGGAUUAUCGACGACAGCAGUAAGCCCAACGGUAUCCGAAGUAAAGACGGAGAAAGAGACGCCGCCACCGCAGUCACCACCACCACCACCAGCGACGAUGACGACGACGACGGCAGAGGCAGCGGUUUAAUUGUUAUGAAUUUAUUACUAUUAAUUGUAUGCUUGCUGUGAUACCGACCUGUAACAUUUGGAUUUUUUGCCAUC